AUGAAUAGCAGAUCCUCGCAACACGAUGGAGCCGAAGUCCAAGACAUCCCUCGUUCUUCCGCUGCUUCACGUGUCUCCCUUGCCAAUCUCUUAGGUCCCUCCGGACCCGGCUUUUCGCCGUACGCCAACUCUCCACGAACAUCGCCUCGCAAACGUCCCAGCGCUGAUAUCUCUGGCUCCAAUCUGCAACCACCGCCAGCACAAGAUAAUGUCAACGGCAGUACCAGCGAUCUUGGCGAUCGUCGACGCUCCCAUCUUUCCUCUCCGCAACGUCCCGUAGCAACAGAACCUGAGCAGACAUUCCACGAUGCCGAAGAGCAGGUGCAACAAGAUGUUGCCAUGGCCGAUGUGGCUGAGGAUGUGGCGGUGGAUGCUGUAGAUGACGAUGAAGAAGCUGAUGACGACGAUGACGAAGAAGAUGACGAUGACGAAGAUAAGGCCACCACCGACGCAGGAAGUGCCUCUGAAGGCGAGGACAAGGGAGAAGGCUCUUCGUCCAAGGAUGGAGCCAAGUCAGGCGAUAAGGCUGCAGCUCCCAAGAAGCGUUCGCGUCGUCGCAGUCCGACACCGCCGGAAGCUGUCACAGCUCCUCCACCUCCCAAACGACCCACCGUGCGACUUUCCAUCCUCGCAGCCAGGAAGGAUGGCUACUUGAUCAAUGUCCCCGAACUCGUUCUCAACAAGCUUAAGGAUGAGAAGCAUCCUUGGGCUACAUGGUAUGAGGAACAGAUGCUGGAAGCUGCCGAGCCAGAGCCUGCUGCACCGCCAGGUGGCCCCGAGAUUCCUCCGGAUCUUGAAGGCUUCGGAAGUCUCGCCAAGUUGCUGGCCAAGUACCCUUCCGGCGAAGGCUCAGGUGCACCUUUGGGCGCAGGAGUUGCGACUAAGAAGCGCAGGCGUCCUGCUGCCGAUGACAAGUACGAUAUUGGCCAGUACGAUGUGCGCGACCCCUUUGUCGACGAUUCCGAGCUCAACAUUGACGAGCCUACCCACUUUGCCAAACCGAAGGCAGAUGGCUUCUACGUUACUCAGGGUGACGUCGAGCUCGAAAAGGCAAAAGCUUUGGGCAAGGGUCAGCCCAUGCCGGCGAAAGAUAGACCUAAGCCGCUCAGCAUUCGUGACUCCAAAGUUGGUUUCGCCGGCUCUCUCAACAAGCUUGUGGCCAAGAAGGCACAGCAGAACACCGAGUUGCCGCCACUGCCAGCCACGGCUUCACCUUCUUCGAUGCAGCUCGGUUCGUUGCUCAACAAUGGCGAUCCUGGCAGCCCCUCUGUCGGUGCAGGAUCGGCGCUGACCAACACGCAGAAGUACGACGGGUCGCGCGAUGCGCCCAUCCCGGUCGAAGAUGUUGACAGCAAUCCUUCCAAACUUGCCAAGAAAGCCCGGUAUCCGACCUUACCUGUCGACCCACGCUUGCAAGCUGCUUUUGACGAUCUCAAGAAGAAGGUCGAAGCAGAAAGCUUCGCUGUCAAGACCAAGUUCCCACCCAACCUCAAGCCGCCUCUGGUUGAGACAGCCCGAAUCGCGGUGGCGCUUGGCGAGUACGACGAGAACUUCUUCAACCACCUGCCUACGAUCUUUCCGUACAAUCGCUUCACGAUGAUGAAGCUGGUCAAGCGCGAGUUCUUCCCUCACCACAUCAAGUAUUUUGAGGAUCUCAAGCAAGAGCAUCUCGACAAACUGGGCAAGAUGAUCCGCGACAGCUACCCACAACAGCUCGCCGACUUUGAAGCUGCGCACAAGAAGUGGAUGGAGCGCGGCGAGGCACCGAAGGAGGGGCAAGCUGCUGAACCCAGUCGGCCCGCUGCCAAUGACUCCAACGGUGACGAGCCAACGGAUGCUGAGGGCCAGGAAGAAGGUGAAGACGAGAACAUUGAACCGACAAAACGCUGGAGAUGGUCGGAAGAGAUGCGCGAGGAAGUCUUCGUGCUCAUUACCAUCGAGAACGCCAUGAGCGAAAUCCGCAACGAAAAGUACAAGCUCGAGAACUCGGCAGAGCAAUACAGCGAGAUCAAUGCUCGAAAGGCUUGCUACAAGCAGAUGGCCGAGCUUUUCCCCGAAGAAGGCUGGACAACAUCGACCAACAUCUCGCGCGAGUACGCACAGAUCAAGAAGAAGAAGGACAGACAGGAAGCAAGAGGUGAGGAGCUCUUCGGCGAUUCUCGGGCAAGCAGUGUCAUUCCGACCUGA